GAUUACAUGACACAUAUUAGAUACCGGAUGUAUCAGCUGUCGCACAAAUAUGUCUUUCACAUGAAAGCAAAACAAGCAGGAUCGAUGAGACAUAGUUUUAUCUCUCACAGUCUGCUUUCAUCGUCUGUUUUGGAGGGGAGCAAAUAAUUCUUUCUUAAAAUGUCAGGCCUGGCUAUCUUCCUCGUUGCCCUUAUGAUCGGGAGCUCACAAGCUUGCAGAUGUAUCUUUCAACCGCUGGGACAGAAGUACUGCGAUUCUAAAUUUGCAAUCUUGGCUAAUGUCACACAAGUACAAGAGCCCAGCAUCAGCAAUGACUACAUUUGGACCUACACUCUGGAAGUUGGAGCCAUCUUCCGAGAUGAAGAAGGUGACAUCACACUGGGAAAUGGCGCCACAGUAAAGAGUUAUUCCGAUUCCUGCCGUGUUUUUCUACAGCAGGGCCACACCUACAUUCUCACUGGAGGAAGGCAAGGAUUAGGAGACCUUUGGCUGCAUGACUGUUCGGCAAUCUUCUUGGACAUAACCAGUUCAAGUCCCCAGGAAGAAAUAGUGUUGUUGGUUUUAAGUGUUCCAGAACCAUGUCCCUAUCUCACUAGCCCAUAGUCCCUGCCAUGCAGGCUAGAUUCAGACUGCAUCCAAUAAGAUGCAACAUGUGUCUGUCUACAUAAGGACUUGUAUGGAUCAGUUGAUGAGAGCUAAUGGUUUCCUAUAGAUGACUGUAUCUAUCCUAUUAUCGCCUGGUUGGAGACACAAGGACCUCAUCGAAUCUUGUUAGACACAGAGCCCUUGUGUCUUCAAGCAGACGAUUUUCAAACAUCGAACAACUUUUUUUUCAUACAAGAAAAAUUCAUAUGUAUAACAACAUCAUACUCAUACCACUAGUGUAGAUUUAAUGAGGCAUGCACCUAUAUAUAUUGUAUAAAUAAACGUAUACCCGUACUUAUAGAAGCUUGAUCUUGAGGAAAAUCAGCAAUAGCAUUCAAUUCUCCUUCUGUAAAGCAGUCAUAUAACAAAUUAAGAAAUAUUCUUCAUCAAGGUCUUGUGGAAAACAAUACCAAAACUUCUGUAUACUAUGUUUUGUCACCAUGUACCAAUGA